AUGAAUACGAAGGAAAACGAAAUGCAAAAGGCGGAUGAACUGACGAACAUAGACGAUAUUCUCAAAAAAAGAUUGAAUGAAGACGAGUACAAUGCUGUUUCAUCGUUGAUUUAUGGCAAUAAUUUGAGGAAAUUGGAUAUAGAUGAAGAUCUGAUCAAGUUAGCUGACGAAAAUAAUUUCGAAUUGAAAGGAUAUAUAUUCAAUGCGGAAACUGAGCAGUUACGGUCAACUCGCAAGGUAAGAAUAGCAGCCAUCCAAAAUGCAAUCGUUGAGCGAACAACAGAACCAGUUGAAAAGCAGCGAUCAGCAAUUCAUAACCGAAUUCAACUAAUGAUUGAGGCUGCUUGUAAAGCAAAUGCGCAAAUUAUCGCCUUGCAAGAAACUUGGAGUAUAUUUUCUAAAAUAAAGUUAUUAUUUGAAGCAAUGCCAUUCGCGUUCUGUACUCGUGAACGUUUACCAUGGACGGAAUUUGCAGAGGACGCAGAGAGCGGUGUUACAGUUUCAUUUCUGAGACAAUUAUGCAAAAAUCAUGGCAUAGUAAUAAUAUCGCCAAUAUUGGAACGAGAUAAAAAUGGUGUAAUUUGGAACUCUGCGGUAGUAAUAUCGCACACGGGUAAUAUCAUUGGUAAAACGCGUAAGAAUCAUAUUCCUCGAGUUGGUGACUUCAAUGAGUCAUCUUAUUAUAUGGAAUCAACGUUGGGACAUCCUGUAUUUGAAACUAAAUUUGGCAAUAUUGCAGUGAACAUCUGUUACGGACGACAUCAUCCGCUAAACUGGAUGAUGUACGCUCUGAACGGAGCUGAGAUUAUUUUCAAUCCGAGUGCCACUGUUUCCAAUCUGAGUGAACCAUUAUGGAGCAUAGAGGCACGUAAUGCGGCAAUUGCGAAUCAUGUUUUCACGGUUGCAAUCAAUCGCGUUGGUACUGAAGUAUUUCCUUAUGAGUUCACCAGUGGUGAUCGAAAACCUGCACAUCACAACUUCGGCCAUUUCUUCGGUAGCAGUUAUGUGGCAGCACCUGAUGGAAGUCGUACACCAGGUUUAUCAAGAGUUAAAGAUGGCGUAUUGAUUAGCGAAAUCGACUUGAACUUAUGCCGACAAAUGAAGGAUAAGUGGGGUUUCCAGAUGACACAACGACUAGACAUGUACAGUCGAGAGUUGUCUGAGUUCAUCAAAGAAGACCAAGAGACGCACAUCCUCAAGGAAGAUCAGUCGUGA